AUGUGACGAUGACUUUCCAAUCAAUAGUUAAAUUCUUUAAAAAUUAGAUGAAAACUUAUAAUAUAAUUUGGCCUCCAAAGAAAGAGCUUGAAACAGCAUAGCCAUGGAUACACCAGGAACAUAUGUAUGCCAUGAUCAAGAGGAACCAAUAGCUUCCAAUUUAUUACCUUCCAUGUUGUCUCAAAUUCCAGUAAUUGAUAUGGAAUUGUUGUUGGCUAAUGAUCAUUCACAACUUGACAAACUUCAUCUUGCUUGCAAAGAUUGGGGAUUCUUUCAGAUGAUGAAUCAUGGAGUGAGUUGUUUACUAAUAGAAAAAAUGAAGUUAGAAGUCCAACGAUUCUUCAAUCUACCUAUGGAAGAGAAGAAAAAGUUUGGCCAAAUUGAAGGAAGUAUGGAAGGAUAUGGACAGAUUUUAGUGUCAUGUGAUGAACAAAAUAUAAACAGCUGGAUAGGCAAACUUUACAUGGUCACUCUUCCUAUCCAUUUGAGAAAACCCCAAUUGUUUCCCAAUCUUCCCCUCUCAUUAAGAGACACCUUAGAAGAAUACUCAGCACAGCUGAAGGAACUUUCGGAGAAAAUAUUCGAUAUAAUGGGGAAAGCAUUAGGAAUGAAAGGAGAAGAUUUGAGUGAAGUUUUUGAUGGAGGAGAGCAAGCAAUGGCCAUGUAUUACUAUCCUAAGUGUCCUCAAGAAGAUGUUGUUAUGGGGCUAAACCCCCACACUGAUCUUGCUGGCUUGACCAUACUUUCUCAACUUAAUGACGUGGAAGGUCUUCAUAUCAAGAAAGAUGGUGCUUGGAUACCUAUUACACCUUUGCCAAAUGCCUUUGUUAUCAACGUUGGAGACAUGUUAGAGAUAGUGACGAAUGAAAUUUAUAAAGGUGUUGAACAUCGACCAGUUCUCAAUCCAAACAAGGAGAGACUAUCAAUUGCAACAUUUUUUAAACCAAAAAGGGACUAUUAUUUAAGUCCAGCAUCAAGCCUCAUCACUCCUCGAAAUCCUGUAAAAUUCAAGCAAAUUGGUACUGUUGCUGAUUACUUCAAAGGAUAUUUCAGUCAUCAACUUGUUGGAAAAUCAUACCUUGAUACAAUGAGAUUAAAUACCAAGGACGAAGAGAUCAAUACGUGAUUAAUGUAUUAACACUUUGAAUAAUUGCAUGAUUUUAAUUCGUUGAUACUAGAUUUGUUCCGAAAACCUUAAGCGUGUUUGUAUGUAAAUAAAAUUGCUGGUAAAGGUUGUA